AUGGAGCUACUGGCCGUGCUGCUUCUCCUGCAGACAGCCUAUCAAUGGUUUCCAGUUAACCACACUUCCAAUAAUCAUCUUUUUUUUUUCCACAAGAUUACUGCUGCCAACAGGUUUUCUCAUGAAAUUGAAAAUUUCAGUUUAAGACAAGCCAUCCGAAAGAAGAGUAUUCGGUGGGUAGAUUCUUAUCAGUUAGACAGUCUACGUCCUCUACAGCGUACAAAAAGGACCUGGGUUAUCACCACCAUUGACGUUCAAGAGGAGGACAAAGGACCAUUCCCAAAAUAUGCUGGACAGCUGUUCAAUAACAAAUCACUUAAUACAUCAGUAAAAUAUUUAAUCAGUGGACCUGGAGUAGAUGAAUCUCCAGAGCUUGGACUGUUUUCUAUAGAUGAUGAUGCAAAUGGACAUGUGUAUGUGCAUCGUAGCAUUGACAGAGAAAAGACCCCAACUUUUCAGAUACGUUUCGAUAUUGUGCAUAGAAAAACUGGUGAACCAUUGGACCACCCUUUAUUUUUCAAGAUAAAGGUUAAAGAUAUUAAUGACAAUGCACCUGAGUUUCCCAAGGAGGAAUACAGCAUUACAAUAAGAGAGAACCACAAUAAAGAUGAGCCAGUUUUCCAAGUUACUGCCUUGGACAAAGAUGAAGAUGGCACUGUGAAUUCUCAGGUGUCCUAUUCUCUAAGCAUGCAAAUGCCCCUUCCAGAUGGAUUCAUGUUUAAUAUUGAUCCUACCACAGGAUCAAUACUUCUGUCAGGAUGCCUGGAUUAUAAGACUGCCAACUCUUUCAAACUUCUGAUGAAAGCCAGUGACCAUGGAACACCCCAGCUGUCAUCUACUGCAACAGUGAAUGUAGUGGUUGAAGAUGCAAACAACCACCUCCCUGUAUUUACUAGCGAUAAUUACCAGCUACAGGUUUCAGCAGGUCAAGAACAUCCAGCUGUAUUACGGCUCCAAGUGGAAGAUAAAGACUCUCCCAACACUCCAGCUUGGAGAGCAAAAUACAGAGUAAUGAAAGGCAAUGAGAAGGAACAGUUCACCAUUGAGACAGAUCCAGACACAAAUGAAGGCAUUUUGAGUGUUAUCAAGCCUCUCAGCUAUGAAGAUGACUCUGAGAUGAGACUUGUCAUUUCUGUAUCAAAUGAAGAACCUUUCUUUUUGUGUAAAAACGGCACUGUGAUGAUCUCAGGCCUAGAAUCCACGAGUACAACUGUGAACAUCAAGGUCUUAGAGUCACAACAUGCUCCUAGGUUUCAUCCUCCUACACUUAUUGUCCAAAGAGAAGAUUCAAUGAAGCCUGGGAGAGUAUUUAGAAGGUAUCCUGCCACAUAUCCAGAUGAUGUGCCAAAUAAGAUAAAAUAUGAGCUAGCCCAUGACCCAGAUGGUUGGCUGAGGGUGGAUGAGAAUUCUGGAGUUCUUACUGUGGCAAAAGAAUUUGAUCAAGAAUCCCCUCAUGUGAACAACAGCCUGUACACCAUUAUUGUUCAUGCUAUUGAUCAUGGCAUUCCACCACAGACUGGUACUGGCACCAUCCUGCUUUACUUGUCUGACAUUAAUGAUCAUAUGCCAACAUUAGUGACUCCUUCUUUAGAUGUGUGUGACAAAAAAGAAGGGAUGCCUCUCAUUAUGAAAGCUAAGUCUGCUCCGGUCCAUUCACAUUCUGGGCCAUUUACAUUUGAGCUGGCUGAGGACUCUGAAGAUGUGAAGCAUAACUGGAAAUUAGGAAGGAACUUUGGGGAGUCAGUUGAACUUUUAAUGCUAAGAAGCAUUCCACAAGGUAGCUACUUGGUGCCCGUCAUUAUUCAGGACAGUCAAGGAUUUUCUACAAGGCAGAAUCAACAUGUUAGGCUCUGCUUUUGCCCAGAUGGGCAUACAUGUAAAGAUUCACCACUUCCACAAGCAGCAGUGAGACUUGGAGGUGGUGCCAUUGCAAUAAUACUGAUGGCUUUCUUAUUACUACUGGUUUCCAGUAUUCUACUUUGUCGGUUUUACAUGCUGGGAUCUAAAAGCAAAGCCAUUGUUCCAGCUCAAGAAGGUGAACAGACUUUAAUAAACUAUAAUGAAGAGAGCAGAAUGUCUUUAUCUCAAGCUAAGCUGGAUGUUACAGAUCAUGCUGCUCUACCACCUGUGUCUGUGGAGGCUGGAAAAGAAGUGAUUGCUGAGGAUGGCCUGUGCACUAGUUACGAGACAUUCCAAGUAAGACACCUUGAUUGCAUCACACAGACAGUGGACAAAAUACUGGGUCGGAAACUGUAUUUCCAAAACACACUGGAAGAUUACGGGGCCAUCGAUGAACCUUGCAGAUAUGCUGAGGAAGGAGAACUAGAGCGAAGUAACUCCUUCUGCUCUGUCUCCAUUGGCAGUGAGGAUUUGCCUGUUGAUUUUCUGGACACUCUGGGACCAAAGUUUUCUGCUCUGGAAGGAAUCUGUCAGAAGCAAUUUCCAUCACUCAAUUAAUUUCAGAAGGCUGUGACUACUUUAUGGUGUUGCAAAGGCUUCUGGCAGAAGCACUGACAAAUUCAGAAAAAAAGAACCAUCUGCACUUGAAAGUGUUGCAGUAUGUUUGAACCAUGAGUACCUGGCCUUUUAUUCUUCCUGCCUGCACUGCAUGCCUGCAGCCAAGAACGUGACGUGUCUGGAAGGUCCACCCUACUCUGCAGAGAUGAUGGAGUGAUUUUGGCAUAUUCUGUGCAGACUUAUGCAAAUAGAAGAUCUGAUAUUAAGGAUCCUCAAUUUAGUAUGCAAAGGAAAAAAACCAGAUCUACUAGGCUAGAAAUUCCAGUCAAAGUUCCAUAUGGAAAUAAGCCAGUUUUGAACAGAGAAGGCAAUUACCAGCUAGGCCAGCGAUACAGUCCUUUCUCCAGUAAAUCCAAGAUUAACUUUAGUACGGUGCCAUGUGGAUCUGACUUGAUGAUCAGAUCUUUUAUUUCUAUAUGACUUUCUCUUCUAUUUUCUAUAUGUUUUCAGUGAAACAUCGAAGAGAAAGUGCACUUCUACUCUUAGUGUGACUGUAACCGCAUAAUGACCUGAGAGAUCUGCACCAUCCUUGCCUUUUAGCGUAAGACAGGCACUGUAGUGCUUGCAUGCUUAUGCUGGCAUCUGGUGUCUGUUAGUAUUAUUACACUAUUGUAAAUACUCUAAAUGCUAAGAAAUUGUUGACAGAGGACAAGGUAUGGUUAUUCCUUUCAUUCAAAUAACUACCUUCUCUAAAUUAGCUACAAGUGACCGUGAUGAGGAAAUUCAUGGGUUUCCUCAAGCACCAUUGAUAAGACAGACGAAAUAAUAAAGAAAGUAUGGUAUCAAAUUUCCCUAUGUGGAAACCACAGAUACUUUAUUUUUAAACGUUGUGGUUUGUACAUGUCUGAAUGUGUGCAGUUGACCUAUGCUCAGUUAUAGCAUGAUGGCUAUUGGCGUUACAAUACAUGAAUGAGGAAAGAAUAGCUCAGAAGAAAGUAUUUUGCCAUUAGGUAAGUUAUACAUUCAAUAAGAGGUGGAAUUAGUCACAAAUCUUACUUCUGUUCUAUUACAAUUCUGUGCUAAAAAAAAAUUGCUUUCCCUAAGGCAAGCACUAAGUCUGGUAUCUAAGGCACUGUUCUUCUGUUUUAAAGUUUACUUAAACAAUAAAUUAUGCUUUUGCUCAGAUGUUAUUAACUGAUAAUUCAAGGCUGGAAACUUAAGUCAAGUGUGAUUAAAGAAUCUGGCUGAGUGGUAGGCAGCUAAGUUUUCCUAAAUGCCAGCAGCAAGAUCUGUUUACACAAUAAAUCACUACUCUGGUAAACUGUCCUUAACUUAUAACUCCAGAUAGAAGACUUCAAGUGAGGCCAGUGAUUUAACAGCACUGCUAAUAACCAAGAUGACUUUUUUUAUUGCAAACUAUAACCGUAUUGGUCAGAUUAGAAUUAUGCUGUGUUUUUCUAUUUCUUCUGAAAAUUAUGCAAGAUUAAUAAUGAAAGUAUUCUGUGUGUUUACUGUUUGUGUAAACGUGUGUUGGGUCUAUAGCACACUAU